GCCCAACAAAUUUGAAGAGGGUGGGAUAUAAAACUGGUAUAAAAAGCCAAAUAUCAACCCAAAAUCCGAUGAGGAAAGACGGAACCUACGGAAGGGAAGCUGAGCACAGCGGCCACUACACAUCACGGUGCAUGCGGAUGGGCUGACACCGACAGGUUUAAAGGCAGAGCAGAGCAACAACCCAUCAUGGCGUCGCCCCUCAGCUUUCCCGCCCAACGGUCGCGGUGCGCGGCUCUCCGUCUGCCUCGAGUGCGCAUGCGCGACUGCAUGAGGAGCCGGCUCCGCGCACCGCCGCCUGCCCCUGCCAUGUCGGAGCGGCUCGGUAAACCCACCUGCCUCCUCGUCGCCAGCGCCGCCGCCGCGGGGGUGUCAGCCCAGUCCUUCCUGCAGUGCUUCACGCUGAGCAGCUCUGCCUUCAACCUGCAAGUCGCCACUCCCGGGGGGAAGUCGAUUGAUUUUGUGGAUGUGAAUGAGAGCAACAUGCGCUGGAUACAGGACUUCCGUAUGAAGUCAUAUGCAAACCCUGCCAAGCUGGAGUCAAUUGAUGGAGCUAGAUACCAUGCACUGCUGAUUCCAAACUGCCCAGGGGCUACGACUGAUCUUGCAAACAGUGGGUACCUGGCAAAGAUAUUGCAGCACUUCUGCACAGAGAACAAGCCUAUCUGUGCAGUUGGACAUGGUGUUGCAGCUUUGUGUUGUGCCACCAGUGAGGAUAAAACCUGGGUAUUUCAGGGAUACAGCAUGACAGGGCCCUCUGUGUAUGAACUAAUAAGGCAGCCUAAUUUUGCCAGUUUGCCCAUUAUUGUGGAAGACUUUGUGAAAGAUUCUGGAGCUACGUUUAGCGCCAGCCAACCAGAUUCUGUACAUGUUGUGUUGGACAGGCACUUGGUGACAGGACAGAAUGAAAAUUCCACCCUUCCAGCAGUCCAGAAUCUUCUUAUUCUUUGCAAUGUCAGCAGGAAAUAAAGGAGAAGGUUCCUUUGCAAAUAGGAUGGAUGAAGAGCCAGCAGGCUAAGGACUCACUUGUCUUUUAACUGGAUAAAAUGUGUUUAAAUUUCUAUCCUGGACUAUGAAGUGACUGUGAUGAAGUGGCAGUAUUAGGUUCUCCAUAUACAGAAUAGAGGAAGGUUAUAAGAGAAUUUGGAAGUGCAUCAUGCUUCAGAAGCAAUUAUGAAACCACCUUGUGUUUGUUACUACAUCUUCACUGCUUCUCUCCAGACCCUUAACUUACAGUGGUGAGGAACUGUUCUGUUUAAAACAACAACAAAAAAUCAGCUAUGAAUGUUGUUUACUGAGGGCGAAGACAGUGUUCUUGGCUGACAUUACACCAAUCAUCAUUUCUAGUUCAAAUAUAAGAAUCUCCAUACCGAUGUGUCCUUUCAGAGGUGUUCUUACCUUUCUUCUGGUAGAUAACAAAGUUACUGUCUGAAUUCAGAAUGUAUCUGUGACGCUUAAAUAUACUUGGAACAGGAUGGAAAAUGCUAAGCUGUGUGCAAUAAAGCCAAAUCAGUUGUCUGAAGGUGUUUCACUGUGGUGGUGCUGCUGCUGGCAUGACGUGCCCUUGUUUUCCUCUUGCAUGUCCACAUUAAUGGUCUUCAGUUUUAAAUUAUUUUUAAAUUGCCUUCUAACUGGUUAGCUGUUCUGCUUUGUGGUGUGUGUGUUACCAUUAUUGUUUCUCUCUGGCAAGUAUGUUGCAAUGGUCUUGCUGAAAUCCUAUGGACAAAAGAAAAAACAUAGCAGAUAGCAUGGAUCAGUCUUGUGAAGAACUGUAAGAUAAAAUCUAACUUUGUCUUUCUUUCUGUGUAUCAGAUAGAACUGAGUUUUUUUUUCUUUUUAAACAUUUUUUUAGCUUUGGUGUAAUCCUCAUUUUUGACAAGUUUGCUUAGAGAUUUGUUAGCCCCUGUCACCAUCAGAACAUACUUUCUAUCUGGAUUUCUAGCGGACUAUCUGCUGAAAUGAUAUAGAAGGCUUUUUGUACUUGUGCUGCAGCAGCAUUUGUAGUUAGGGUUAAUUGGUUCUGAAUGUUGUGCAGCUACAGCAAGGAUGCUCUGUCCUUAAAAGCUUUAAAUACAAAAGAUGAAUCUUCCCACCCCAGGCUCCAUUGACUUUCUGAGCUUCUAUGUAGAGAACUUGGGUUGCACUUGGGUGUUUCAUCUCCUGGAGGAGAUGGGUGGCUCCUAUGAUGAGACAGUUCUGGAUCUGACCCCUGACUGCAACUGCAAAGCAAAAUCUUCUUUCUGAAAGAACCUGAGAGGCUACAAGCUUGUCAUAUUUUUCAAACUUUGCUUCCAUGCAACUUUGUCUAAAUAAUUAGACCUUCAGUUUCCUGUUUGUGCAUCAAAAUAAAAAGUGUAUCCCCUUUUCAUUCA